AUGACAAAGGAGUUUAAGAUGAGCAUGGUGGGAGAAUUGAAGUACUUUCUUGGACUUCAAGUAAAUCAGACUGAGGAAGGUAUCUUUAUCUCUCAAAGUACUUAUGCUAAGAAUCUGCUGGUGAAGUUUGGUCUUGAAAAGUGCAAGGAGGCAAGAACACCAAUGAGCACAACCACUAAGAUUGGAAAGGAUGAACAUGGAGAAGAUGUUGAUGUGAAGCUAUACAGAGGAAUGAUUGGAAGCUUGCUUUACCUUACAGCAAGUCGGCCUGACUUAUGCUUCAGCGUCGGUGUGUGUGCUCGUUAUCAGGCCAAACCAAAACAGUCCCAUCUUCAAGCAGUGAAGAAGAUCUUGAGGUAUGUCAAGGGAACUGUCAAUCUGGGGAUCUUCUACUCUAAAGGAUCCAACAGAAAUCUUGCUGGAUAUUGUGACGCCGAUUGGGCAGGAUGUGCAGAUGAUCGGAAAAGUACAAGUGGAGAGGCUGAGUACAUUGCAUUGGGAAGCUGCUGCACACAGCUUAUAUGGAUGAGACAGAUGUCAGCCGAUUAUGGGAUGGAGUCUGGACCCUUCUUGGUCUACUGUGACAACAAAAGCGCCAUUGACAUAUCAAAGAAUCCGGUGCAGCACUCAAGGACUAAGCACAUUGACAUAAGACACCACUUUGUUCGUGAAUUGGUGGAAGAAAAACAGGGGCUGAUACAGGCACUGGCUCGGGGUGUAUAUAACAAGUUCAGAUUUUGUUUGGAGUCAAAGGUGCCAAUGAGGAUCAGCUACUUUGUCAUGCCGUCAUGUCACCUCAACAUAAGAAAAGUGAAAAUGGUGACCGCUACUCGUCAAGGGAGAAUCUGUCCAAGUCAAGACCGAUCAAAGAAGUAUCCCGACGGAUCCGCCUCCACACCGGUCCAAAUCGACGAAUCCACCGCUCAACCGUCGAUACAAGAUCCGCCACCGCCGACUAUCACGAUGAUUGACGGUGCCGCCGACGAAGUAGAUGAACCAAUGGCGGCAAUGGUUCUAUUUGAAGGAGAGGUCCAGGCCGAGGCCGAGUCUUUUGCUACGGCGGAAGAUGAACCGAUGGCGGAUGAAGAAGCCACGGCGGAGAAACCUGAGGAGCCGGAGAUGCCUCGAGAUGCGCAAACGACGAUGCCGAUUCCAAACUCCGCCGAAACACUAGCUUCACCACCGACUGAUGGAGCGACUGACGCGGCGAUCACUACACCUCCGGUGGUGAUCGCCUCCGGUGGUGAUCGCCCAAGACGAGCUCAACGCCGCCGCAACAGAGGUCCAAAACCCAAGAAGAGAGCAUCUGUUCACAGGUUUGCAAGCUUUAAGUCUCGCGGAAUCAUAGAUGAGAGGGUUGUUGAUCUACGAGCUGAGACACAUUGGGGAUAUCCUGAGAUUAUAGUUAGAGGAGGUCUCAAGCGUACUGUUGAGGGAUUAGGAAGCUAUGUUCGCUUUGUCAUAGUGGAUUUUUAUACAGCCUUACCGGAGACUAGAGAUGAGAGUGUCAAGAUUUUGAUCAGGGAUCAAGAAUAUGUGUUCUCUCCGGCGAUUAUCAAUGACUUUCUAGGCUUGGAACCCCUGACUGAGGAGGAGAUGAGAAGAGAGGCUGACGCGGAUUCCGUCAGCUUGAAGGAGUUGGCUCAACUGUUCACUGAUAAUGAGUUAGCUGAGUGGUCUGAGAUAUACACGAUCGGAAUGACUCCAUGCUUUGCUGCUCUAGUCAUUGUUGCCUCUCACAACUGGAUUCCGUCCACUCACAGGAAUCAUGUGUCUGAGCAGAGAGCCAAGCUCAUCUACAAGCUUUACAAGGGCAUUAGAGUUGACUUUGGUCAACUUGUGUUUGAUCAAGUGAUGAGUAUGACCCGAUUUCAGGUCAAGGAGUCUCGGUGGCUGGUAUUCCCACGUCUCAUCUAUGGCGUCCUUCAAAUGCAGGAUCCUCUCUCUCUAAUUGAUGGAGAUUCCUUGGUUCGUCCUCUGCAUUAUCAUAAAGACAAGCGUUCUGGCGAAGAUUAUAUCAAACGCGAGGAAGAGAAGAAGAAGAAGGAAGCCAAGGCGUCUGCCUCUCGAGUUCGAUCUACAACAGCGCCUACAGCAGCUCCAUCAGAGACUACAUCAGAGGCCUACGUCACUGUGGAUCUUGGCUCUGUCCGUUUUCCUACUCCUCCACUUCAGUCAGCAGCUGCGAUUCAGGCACUAGGCGACGUGGUCUACACUCUCCAUACCUUCACUGAAGUGGUCCAAGGUCUUCUCACCAAUCUACAAGAGGGAGAACAGAAUGACCCAGGGGAACCAGGGAACGAAAACUAG